UUAUGCGGCCAGCAGUAUAAUACAAAACAGGAAAUUACUUUAGUUACAGCAUAAAGAAGUAGUGCAAAAGGCGAGUGAGGAGGACCAUUCAUAAAUCUGAUGUCGGAGGUGAGCACGGCUGCUCAUCUCUCCGGGGUGUUGUAUUCAUCAUUUGCCACUGGUUUUCUCGGCGCUCGGGGUUGGCGGCGAUCCAUUGGCUCACCUGGUCCAUGGAGCAACUGAAUGAAAAUGGCAACAGGUAUAAUUUCUCCAAAUGUGUACUCUGAUGAAGAGGAGGCAGCCAUUUGGGAAUCAACUGCCCUUAACAGUGGUGAUGUGAAAAAGCAGCUAUUACCAGACUUCUCUGUCAUCUCACCAACAAGCAAUGUGCUAAGUUCUGAUUCGGUACAGGCCUCUGCAGAAGACAGAAUUAAGAUCUGCCUCCGGGUUAGACCCUUCACAGAAGCUGAGCUUGAGAAAGGAGAGUCACAGGGCUGUGUUGUCAUUGAGAAUUCUGAAACGCUUGUACUACGUGCUCCAAAGGAUUCGUUUGCUAUGAGGAGCUGUGAGCGAGGAAUUGGGCAGGCCGUGCACAAAUUUACCUUCUCCCAGAUAUUUGGUCCUGAUACAAGCCAGAAGUUGUUCUUUGAUGUUGUCAUGAAGAAUCUAGUAAAAGAAUCCCUGGAGGGGCAGAAUUGCUUAAUUUAUACCUAUGGUGUAUCAAACUCUGGAAAAACCUACACCAUUCAAGGCACCAGGCAAGACAAUGGGAUCUUGCCACGGUCACUGGCAGUAAUUUUCAACAGCAUACAAGGUAAACUGUAUCCUAGGAUGGACCUAAAGCCUAGCCUCUGCAAUGAUGUAAUCAAACUGGAUGACAAGAUGGUGAGGCAAGAGGAGUUGAAAAAACUUUCUUUACUGGGCAUUGUUCGAGAGGAGGAUAUACAGACUCCAAUGAAAAAGAAAUCAGAGUUUAGCCUAAGGGAAGGCCUCAGCUGUAAUUCUGAUAGUGGUAUUGGGGGCAUGUCAUCUGUCAGUUCUUUAGAAGAGACUGCAUCCCGUUGGGCUGAUCAUGAUACAGUUGUUCUCCAGCAGGGGGAGCACGUCCAGUAUUCCAUUUGGGUCUCCUUCUUUGAAAUUUACAAUGAACUUGCCUAUGACUUGCUGGACACUACUUCUGCAAACCAUAAACGACAAACCUUAAAACUAUGUGAGGAUAAAAAUGGAAACACUUACAUAAAAGAUUUGACCUGGAUCAAUGUGGGUGAUGCAGAAGAAGCUUGGAAAAUUCUUAAAAUAGGCCGUAAAAACCAAAGCAUAGCGGCAACGCAUGUGAACCAGAAUUCCAGCAGGAGUCACAGUAUUUUUUCUAUUCGCAUAAUUCAUGUGUCCGAAGAUUGGAAAUCUAUACUACAAACAAGCGAAUUAACUUUGUGUGACCUGGCUGGCUCUGAACGCUGUAAAGAACAGAAGUGUGGUAACAGGAUGAAGGAGGCAACAAACAUCAACACUUCCCUGCACACUCUCGGCAGAUGUAUCAGUGCCUUGCGUCAGAAUCAGCAGAUCAAAUCAAAGCCCAAUGUGGUGCCUUUCCGGGACAGUAAAUUGACUCGUGUAUUCCAAGGGUUUUUCUCUAACCGUGGAAAAUCCUGUAUGAUUGUGAACAUUAAUCAGUGUGCAUCCACAUAUGAUGAAACAUUACAAGUCAUGAAAUUUUCAGCUAUUGCCAGCCAGUUGAUACAAGCGCCUUCUAUGAAGCUAUAUCCUUCCAUCCGAUCACUACUCCGAGAACAGGAUGGAUGGAACAACUGCAAUGCACAAGAACCAGUUGAAGAACAGGAGGAAUAUGAUGAGGAGGAAGAGAAUGAUAAUGAAAGUGACCCUAAUAUCAGCACACUGGACAAGGAGUCAUUGCAGAAAAUUAUUGAAUGUCUACAGCAGCAUCUGAUUAAGGAAAAACAGGAGAAGCUGUUGAUGGAGAGUGACAUCAGGCAAAGUGUUGUCAAUGAAAUGAUGGAACAAUAUAAUGCUAUGGAGAAACACUGGAGUGAACAACUUGAAGAACAAAAAGAUCGUUUGGAAGAUGCCUUUGAGGCAAAGAUGAAAAAUUACCAAGAAUAUGUGAAAUUCUAUUAUCAGCAAUCUUCUGCUGAAGAGGAAGGUUCUGAAUCUGAUGAUGAAAUGGGUGAUGAUAAAGCGUUGUCAAAGAGAAUACAGGAACUGGAAGCAACUAUUCAGCAACUGAAGGCGGAACGGAAGUCCACUAGUCAGCCAAAGAGGCGGUCCACUCGUUUGGCCAGUGUGAGCCUCAGAAAUGAGCUGCAUUCUGUUCAGCUGAUGCUGGUGAAUACAAAAGCAGAGCUGGAACAAAGCAAGGCUGAAGCAGCUUUCAAUGCAGAGGAAUUGAAGCGAUACAAAGAAAUGGUGGAGCCUCCUGCUGGAGUGAAACACCUUACAAAUAACGCAGACCGAAAACUAGAAGAGGGACAGAAGCAUGCAAAAACGUUGCAGAAGGAGUUACAGAAAAUAGAGCAGAUAUUGCAAACAUCAGAGAGAGCAUGUUGCCAUAACACUGAAGCAGAGAAACUGCGACAUACUCUAGCCAAAUGCAAAGAUCUAAUGUUGAAACAGGAUCACACAUUGGCAGAGCUACAGAAACUUAUGAUUUUGCUGAAGUUGGACAUGAAACGCAAAAACACCUGCAUUGCAGAGCAGUAUCACACAGUCCGUCACCUCCAGGAGGUUCCUGGCUGCAACAAGCGUCGGUGUGCUGGCAACAUUGAAAAUCAACCGCCCCUUGAAAAGAAGCCCUUCCUAGCUGGUUUCCUGACCCCACUGAGGCGUGCCAACCUGCAGCGUGCUGCCACUCCUUCCACUUAUAUUCUGCGUUCACGGGCAAAGCUGGACAAGCCACUACAUCGUGUGGAAGCAAAAUAUCAAGUGAAUUAUUAGUGGGUCACAGUUGGCU